UAUAGUUGUCAAAUCGUGAAAUUCAAUCUGUGAUGCUAUGAUGUUGAACUUGAGUGAUUGCUUCCUCAUGAAUUUACUUGAGUUAUUGUGUGCGUGUGAUCUCUAAGUUUAUAUUGCAAGGCUUCCUAUUCUUGACCAAAACAAUGUAGAUAGAUUUUCAUAGCAGUGACUGAAAGUCUGUCACUGCUGAAUUUGUUCACAGCAGUGACAGAUUUUCUUGCAGGCAAUAAGCUCUGUGGCAAAUUUGCAGCAACUCUUUCUUGCUGGAAAUAAGCUCUCUGACAAAGUCAUGUGUAAAGCUAAUAUUUUAGUGAAUAAAAUUUAGAUUUUCAGUGCCUAGAUAAGCCUCUUUGUUGCUGUUUUUAUUAUCUGUUUUUGGGUAGAAAUUGCUUGCAUGAAGUUGAAUGUUUGUGUAGAAAAAAUCAGAUUUACAUGUGUUGUGUUUGUGCCUGGUUAUGCCCUGUUUGUGGCUGUUUUUUUCUAUUAUUAACUUCUUCUUUUUUUUGUUUGUUUUUGAAUUUAUGUUCUUUUUUUCCCUUGUGUCACCCGUGUAAAAACUGUUGACAUUGAUCAGAUUCAAAUGAUUGAAGAUGUACUUAAUUUAAGCUUUCUUGACCGUGGAAAACUACUUUCACUUUUACCCAAUGUUGUGGGUGCUAAUUAGACAUUUGAACAUGGUCUUCUCUCUGAGCUCAACGUCGAUGGUUCUAUGCUUAGUUCUGGAAAUCUGCUAUCAAGUUUCUCUUCUAUUGUUGAUGAAGUGUUUGAGCAUGAGAGAGGGUCAUCUACACCUUCUUUUUCUAGUCAGAGUCUCUUUUUAUGAUUUAAUGCAUCUACUGGAGCGCAUUAUGGCUCUGUUCCAAUGAAUUUUCAGAGUAUGAAAGUUGGAACCUCCUCACCUAAACAGAAGGGAGGAACACAAAUAGCACAAAUAGCACAUGAUAGAAGAUCAAGAAAGCGUACAGUUUCAGAUAUGUUGAAUUUGAUUCCAUCACUUCAAUGUUUAGAGCUCUAGUCAGGAUUUAGUAAGAGAAGAAAAAUCAUGGAUUCGGGAUUCAGUCAUCAGACUUCACCACAGUCACUCAUUUCAUCGGAGAUGAUUGGCAAAACUGAAGGUUACGGUUAUGCAAGUGUAAUUGCUAAAGAAAAUAAAGGAAAUGCACCCUCUAGCAUAUAUGUUUCAGCUCUUCUUCAUGUGGUCAGGCACUGCUCACUUUGUUUCAAGCAUGCUUGACUAUCUAGCCAGAUGGAUGCACUUGACAUUCCAUAUGUUAUCAUUCUGUAGAGGCAGAUAGCAUCAAGAAGUUAGUGGCAGAUAUCCAAAGGCUCUCCAAUGCUAGAAUGUUUGCACUUGGAAUGCAAAAACUGCUUGGAGUAAGACCAGAUGAAAAACUAGAAGAAGACAGUGCAUACUCCGAUGGUAAAGCAACAACUGGAGCAAAAAGUGCUUUCGAGGCAUCUGACAAAUUUUUGGAAUAGAUGAGGAGGGCUUUUCGCAUUGAGGCAGUUGGGCUCAUGAGUUUGUGGUUUAGUUUUGGUUCGGGGGUACUUGCUUGCUUUGUUGUCGAGUGGGAGUCCGGUAAAGAGGGAUCCACGAUGCAUGUUUCUCCCGACCAGCUUUUGCCUCAUACCAAGCUUCCGGAUCAGAGACGAUCAUCGCCAUCCCCAGACUCAUCUCGUCUCAGAGCCACUCCCUUCGAAGCUCAGAGUACUCCUCUGAACCUGUUGUAUCUCGGAAUCCUCUGUCAUCUCUACUACUCACUGAUGAUAAAGAUGGAUUGCCAUAUAAGGAUAAGGAAAAUCCAUGCCUAUGUUCACUGGUUCUUGGUAUGCUAUUACUUGUGUUUUAGCUCACCCUAUUCCUCAUAUAUGUAUAUUGGGGAUGAGGUUUGAACAGUGGGCGUUUGAACAGUGGGCUUCCUGUUUUGGUUGUGUAUACAUGUUGUGUGAAUACUACUGUUUGCUCGUAGACUUGGCUUGGAACUUUUUGUUUUGUUUUGGAUCAUUGUAU